GUGUAGUGUGUAGACUCACACUGUAUGUGAACUUCACUAUGUCUGAUUUUCUGAUUAAAGUGUUGGUGGCGCAGUGCGGGGAUGUGGAGCGCACGCUGGACGUGUUGUGCUGGCCGAGCUGUGCGUGUCCUGCAGUAGAGAGGGUGGAAGCCCUGAGGCUGUUUAUCCGAGAGCUCGUCCACACAGAGCAGUCAGGGGCGUGUAGUGGCUUUAAUAGCAGGGAAAGUUUUAUUUGUAAACUUCACUCAGUCAUAUGGAACAACUGUGUACCACUUUUAAAACUGAUUCCUAUGGAAAGCAUCAGGUCUCGGGAGGACAGUGUUGCACACAGUGGUGAAAGGAAGGAGAUGCUCCAUGCCACUUGUGCUCUCCUCAUGAUGUGUGUGAGGGAGUGUCAGACUGACACCUUGGACAAACUGUUCAGUUUAGUUUUACCCGCGUUUUCAGGAAAGAGCGACAGAAGUGAAGUUGAUCUCGGUGUGGCUGUUGAGGUUCUGGCAGUACUGCUCUCAGGGUUUCCUUCCAAUACUGCUUUAACUAAGAAAGCUUUGUCCUGUACCCUUGGUAGUGUUAAAGAACUUUCAGACACAUGGGUCUCCAAAAUCACUGUGCGUAUCUGGUGCACAUGCCUUAACUCACUGAGCCCAGAAAUGCAGUCAGACAUCCUGCAUCACCUCUGGGUAGAUCUGCUGGGUUGGUAUGAGCGAGAGCCUUCAGACGUGGUGACAUCACGACUUCUACUGUGCCUUACUGCUCUUUCUGACUUCCUUUUCUCACCGGAUCAAACGGCGUCCAACCCAUUAAUGGCGCACCCUUUCUUCAGAGCGGUCCAAGCUGGACUUGUGCACAAGGACACCGUGUCCCGAAAGAGAGCACUUUAUCUGCUAAACAGAUGUUUGUCCAUGGCAGAGGCACGCAACGCAGAUCUUACUAUGUGUGAGAAAGAUUUUUUCUUUAAAUGGAGGGUAGAGCAAAGAUCAGUGCUACAGGAGUUCUGGAAAGCCUACGCCUUAGUGCUGGAAACUCUUGAGGAAUAUCAGAUCCAUGUGAUUCGACCUGUUCUGAGCCGAAUUGACACGCUUGUCCAAACGACUUCAGCAGGUACUCAAGGUGGUGAACUGAUCCAUCCCUCCUGGUUACUGUGUGUCUAUCAGCGCAUGUUCCACAGUGAGAACAAGGCUGUAAUAAAGGAAGGCGUCAUGCAUCUGUUGGGGCUUCAAAUGCCUAGGGACCCUGCUUUUGCUUUUGCUUUCUCCCAGUUUGUUGUAGGUCCCUUAGUGGAUGUCCUAGCUGAGACCUCGCUGUACCACAGAUCUGCUGAAAACGUUGGAGAAUGUCCAGAAGUAGGUCUGAAACUGCAGAAUUUCAUGGUGAUGUUCUUCAGCAGUUUGCCUGAGGACACUCAAGGAUCGGUGUUGCUGCAGAUUCUUGAACGUUUGAACUCUCGACGGUGGUGUUCUGUUCCCCUGUUAUUCCUUUCUCAGACUCUGUCCUGCUUGUCACCCUGCCCUCUUCUGAAAACAGAUGGGCUCCAUAUACUUAGAGAGGUACUUGGCUGCACUAUGGUAACUCACCAUGUUCUUCUAAGAGGGGCUGUACAAUGCUUUCUGCUUGAGACUGUUCUCCGCCUGUCUGAUGUGUCAGAGGUGUCUCUGGAUGAAGUAUUUGGUUUCCUAUCACAUUUCCGGGCUGAGGAGUCACUCUGUCCAGGCACAAAAAUUUGGGAAAAGGUUUGUGAUUGGUUGAUGGUUAACGAAGAAGCUUUUCAACCAGCUUCAACUUCCACCGGUGUUUUUCCACAAAAUGUCUCAGUGCACAGCUACCACUUAUUAAAAACCUUCUUGACCAUACCAGCUGGUGCAGAGCAGACAGACAGGCUGCCUAUAGAAGGUGAUGCUGAAUUGCUAGCCCGCACCCUCCUUUUUUCUGUAACUCUUGACUGGAGGAGAAGUGAAAAGCAGCGUCCUGGGGACAUGGGACUAGAAGAGCUUUUUGGCCCUCUGCUUGAUGUCCUGCAACGGCUCAACACCAGCGUUUACUUGUCAGUGUGCAAGAUCGAUAAGUGUCUCCAGCUCAUGUUAAGACUUCUGGUGCUUCUGGGCAGAUAUGUAGAGAGGAGUAGGGUGAAAGAAGAUAAGAUGGUGGUUGCCUUGACACAGCUGCUGUUGGGUGUGGCAGAACCAGUUCAAGAGUUCAUACUAAGAAGACUUAGUGGAGAACUACAGGAGUUUUCUGAUAUAGGCAGGGCAAAUCUGUAUCUGUCUCUUCUUCGGGAGAUGAUAAAAACCUACAUUAAAGUCCCAAGCUAUGGCUCCAACUUGCAGAAAAACUAUGUGUCCAGACUCACUAUAAACUGUGUGAGACUCCUUAAAGAGCCAUCUGAACAGAAUCCAUCUAUUGCUGGACAGGUGCAAAAAGCAGUUAGCAUGGCUACGUUAGCCUUGCUAUGUGAGCUGGCUGAUAAGUGUUUGUUUGACUUCCAGUCUGAGGCCAUGAGAUCCCUCUGCUCACUCACUGCCUAUUUCUGUCCAUCUUCACCCACAACUCAGUGCUUUAACCAGUCCUUACUGAAGCCUUCCUCUACAGCAGACGUCUCGGGCUGUCUGUAUGGUGACCCCCUUCUGAGAGACUGGAGCAAAGUGGUGGCUUUCUUCCUCAGAGACCAGUGGACAUGUCUCAGUUUUCUUCAGAAGUUUGCCGAGACCCACAGAGCUGCAGAGGCUUUUCAGGCUGCUGUUGAGGCACUUUCCUUGCUGCCAAGUGAUUUGGUGUUGCCUGUACUGGACUUCAUGUGUGCAGCUUUACCCCAGGUUCUACAUGAAGAGGCUUUAUGUGUGCAAGGAGUAUCUGUGUCCUGGAGACUGGUACAUUCCUUGAAUACAAACGCUCAUGACUUCUGGCCUGUCCUGCGGGCGUUUGUGCGCUUGGCCCUCCACCGCUCCUUCCUCGAGCUGCAGGAUGUUCAAAGCCACAAGAUAACUGGCUGCAUCCAACAGGUUACACGUGAGCUGAUUGAGCUCUCCCAGGCCAAGUUGGGAGUUCUGAAUGUGCUGAUUGAGCACUGUUGCAGCACCUGGCUUCCCUCUGACCCGAACAAAGACGCUGACACUGUUUUACAAAGUGCCUUAAAUCACUUGGACACACUAACUGAAGCCUGCAUCUAUGGGCCGAUCUACAGACGGGAUCAAAGACUGCUUCUGGAGGUUCAAACGUAUGUAGAGCAGCUUGGGGAAGAGCUUGCAGCAAAUGUGGUGAUUAACAGUUGGGUUAGGGAUGAUCAGUUCCCUCGCUUGUGUGUUUUGGCCUUUCUGAGUCAUCUUGACCCAUACAAUAGUCUACAUCAGAGACUAAUGGAAAACCUAGUGCAAUGCUUACUGAAAAAGGAUAAGGACAUAUCAAAGUCAAAAGUGCGUCAUUACUCUAACUCUAUGCAGCACAGAGUAAAGAAUAGGGUGUGGCAAACAUUGUUGUUCCUUCUGCCCAAACUGAGGACGGAGUUUGUGGUAGAGUAUGUGUUUGGCCUGGUUUGUGAGGCAGGUUUUGGCAACAACCAGCCUUCUGUCAAGUACCUGAUUGAGUGGGUCCUGAUCCUGAUCCUCCACCAGAACCCCUCUCAAAUCGAGCGCCUGUGGGUUUGCUUUAAUGUGGAUCAGGAGAAGACCAAGACAAGCAUCUGUACAUUCCUUUCUGUGUUGGUGCACCUGGGCAUCCUGCUCCCAAAACUAGAGGAUAAGGCAAGGCAGUGGCAGAAGGCUGUAGAGGUGAUUUUGCUGUGGUGUUUUAGUCAUAACUUCACUGUCCGUCUGUAUGCAUUGCUGGCACUAAAAAGAGUGUGGGGUUUAGAAGGGGUGAGAUGCCUGGCUGAAAAAGAGCAGUACGGUUCGGGCUCUCUGCAAGGACUUGCAACAGUUGUUGAGGCGUGUUUACAUCAAGCUGAGGUCAUGCAGAAUACUGGAAAUGCCAUAAAAAACUGGUCCAGAAUACAGGAGCAUUUUUUCUUCAGCGCCUUUCAUCCCCUUAAUGAUUAUAGUUUAGAGACAAUUUUCCACACAUUCCCUAUUCUGUCAGAAAUGACAGACGAUGAGUGCAUUCCGAUAUGGAAGUUUGAGAAGCUGGUGGACUUUAAACACCUUUCCUCUCUACCUUUAAAAAACAUAGGCAGAGAGCUGAAGGAGAUUAAACCUGGCGACUGGGUUCAACAGGACAGAGGUGAGUUGGAACAAGAAGAACGCUGGGUAGAUGUGCAAAAAAAGAUUGCCCCUUGGAGUCUGAACGUGGAAGAUGUGGAGCCAGACCUUGUGGUCCAGCAGAGAGGAGCACGUCUGGGCAAACCUACCACUGCCCUCCUGGUGGUCGCCUCGCUUAUUGACAAGCCCACAAAUCUUGGUGGUCUUUGUCGAACUUGUGAAAUCUUUGGAGCCAGUGCUCUUGUGCUUGGUGGCCUACAUCAUGUCGGUGACAAACAAUUUCAAGCCCUGAGUGUGUCUUCUGAGCUGUGGCUUCCUCUGAUGGAGGUGAAGCCCAUGGACCUGGCAGGUUUUCUGCAGCUGAAGCAAAGAGAGGGUUACAGUAUCAUUGGGGUAGAACAGACAGUAAACAGCCAGAGUUUACAAAAUUAUAGGUUUCCAGAGAAGACUCUUCUACUCUUAGGGAAUGAACGAGAGGGUAUUCCUGUUGACCUCCUGCAGUUGUUGGACACAUGUGUGGAGAUUCCUCAGCAGGGAGUGACACGUUCUCUGAACGUGCAUGUGAGCGCCGCCCUACUGGUGUGGGAAUACACCAGACAGCACUUGGGUCCUGACCAAUUCGCUUAAAUACUCUGAAUUAAAAUUGCCCCUUUAUGCUAAGGUUUCAGUAUUGAAACACACAACUGAAAAAGAAAUUAUUAAUGUCAGAUAGUAAGUAAGUGCUUUGAAGUUCUGAGAAUUGUAUGUGCCUCAUUAAACAGCCCCAAAGUGGGAAAUGUCGAAUUUUGUAUUUAAAUAGAAUUAGAAUUGAUUAUAUUUAUUGGUUUAAGGUUGAAUAAAUACAGCUUUUUUACAGUAACUCAUCCAAAAAAAGCUGUCAUCUUUGGUCUUUUUAUCCUGAGAGAAUAUUAGGAGAAUAAGAGGUGAAUGAUUCCAAAAAGAAUUAUGACAAUGUUUCAGUCUUAAGAUCUAAAUGUUUUUAAAAGUUUAUAUUAAAGCUAUGACAUCACACAAGAAAAUAGGUGCUAAAAACAUACAAAUGUUUUGAAAAAAAAAAGUUUUAAAUAAGACACCUAAAACACUGACCUGACUGUGGGAAAUGAAACAUCUGAGUCGCUAGCCUGCUGAAAGACCCUGGCAGACAUAUUUACUUAGCUUGUGUAAUUUUGCCGUUUGCUAAUUCGGUUUCUUAAGUGUUUGAUUUUCCACCUUUGUCAGCUAAAGAAAUGCAUUCAUGUACACAUAGUGUUUCUCCCGCCCCUCUCUUUACACACACCUGCUGCCUCCACUCGCUUCACAGAAAAGAAAAAGCUCUUGCUGACACACAAUUCCAAUUUUAUUGCCAACAGUGAAUUUUAUGUAGAUUUUAUUAUUUCUGGUUAUUGCUAAAUGGCAACAUUUUGUUUAAAACAAACACAGAGCGAUUUGGAGUAGAUCUUGUUUUAAUUA